AUGUCACUGCUGCUGAUUCUUUUGGUGCUACAACAGCGUCAUAAUGCCAGCAAGGAUUUGAUGUCUGGAUGCGACUGGAAGACAAAGGUGGAACAUUUAUUACCUGUAAUUGGAGAUGAUAUUGCCAUUGGUACACUUAUCUCUUUGACUAUUUCUUUAUUAAAAGAGAUUUCCUUCAGCAGACGUCCAGCUUUGGAGCUAGAUGCCUAUAUUGUACCUAAAAAUUGCCACCAGUAUUUUGCCUUUCAAUUUGCCAUGAAGGAGAUCAACAAAAAUGCCUGCCUCUUACCUAAUGGCACAUUGGGCCAACAGUUCUUAGACAAAGCUUACAAUGAAAUGGGAACAUGUUCUGGGACUAUGACACUCCUUUUCACAGGAGAUGGGAACCCCCCUAACUAUAUCUGCAAAAGAAAGUACAAACUAAUGGCUAUCAUUGGUGGGCUCUCCUUUCACAAUUCCAAGCAGAUGCCUCACAUCUUGAACAUCUAUAAGAUGGCACAGCUCAGUUAUGGCUCCUUUGACCCUGCAUUGAAAGAUAAAGUUCAGUACCCUUCUGUCUACCGAAUGAUCCCAAGUGAAAGUGCUCAAUAUGUUGCAAUUGUCAAGCUGCUGAAGCAUUUUGGAUGGAACUGGAUUGGCCUCAUUGUUUCCGAUGAUGACAGUGGAGAAUUGUUAUUGCGGACUCUCAUUCCCCAGUUACACCAGAGCCACAUUUGUUUAGCUUUUAAGGAAAUUAUUCCAAUAGUGAAAGACCACUGGGCAAAAUACACAGAAGAAACUGUGACAUCAAAUAAUAAAAUGUCAAGAGUAUGUUCGACUAUUUCAUCUACUGAUACAGAUGUGAUUCUAGUUCAUGGGGAUUCUCGAUCUAUGGAGGGUCUGAGGGUGAUUUUAAAUUUUAAUGAGUUUGUUCAGAUGAAUCCAACAGAGAAAGUUUGGAUCAUCACAGCUCAAUGGGAUAUUACCUCCACAUUCGACAGCGUAGUAUUCACCCCCAAAUCCUUCAAUGGCACUCUGUCCUUUGCACUGCAAACAAAAGCGGUAGAGGGCUAUGUGGAAUAUCUAAGCACAAUACGUCCAAAUGAUAAUUUUAUUACAGCUAUGCUUUGGACCACUGCCUUUCUAUGCUCACUCCCCCAAUAUGAAUUAUAUAUGUACAAUACAACAACCUGUACUGGAGAGGAGAAGUUGAGUAGCCUACCUGAAUCUUUGUUUGAAAUGAGAAUGUCUGGUCAGAGUUACAGUAUCUACAAUGCUGUUUAUGUUGUAGCACAUGCUCUUCAUGCCAUGUUUUCUUCAAGAUCAAAUAAUAAAGCAUGGAGCGAUGGAGGCACAUGGGACUAUCGGAUUAUCUACCCCUGGCAGCUUCAUUAUUUCCUGAAAAACAUUCGCUUCAACAAUAGUGCAGGAGAGGAAAUAUUUUUUGAUGAAAAUGGGGAGUUGGGGACUGGAUACGAUAUCAUCAACCUUGUCACUUUCCCCAAUCGUUCCACGCAUAGCGUCCAUAUUGGAUGGACCAACCCACAGGGUCCCAAAGGGAAAGACUUUAUUAUCCAUCAAAAUGCCAUUUCAUGGAACCACAAUUUUAUUCAGAAGUCUCCCAGAUCCAGAUGUGUUGAGGGUUGCCAUCCUGGACAGAGCAAGGCCAUGCGUGAGGGGAAAGAGAUUUGUUGCUAUGACUGUCCACGGUGUCCCAAAGGAAUGAUUUCAGACCAAACAGAUGCAGAAUUCUGCAGCAAGUGCCCAGAGGAUCAGCACCCAAACAAGAAUCAGGACCAAUGCAUUCCUAAGCAUAUAAUCUAUAUGACAUUUGAAGAGCCACUGGGAAAUGUUUUCACUUCUGUGGCUCUUUUCUUUUCUCUGAUGAACCUUCUGGUCGUGUGGGCCUUCAUUCGACACAAGGAGACUCCCAUCAUCAAAGCCAAUAACUGGGCCAUUACUUGUAUCCUCCUCUUCUCUUUGUUGCUUUGCUUUCUCUGCUCUUUCCUCUUCAUUGGCAAACCUGGGACUGUGUCUUGCAUCCUACGUCAAACAUUGUUUGCUAUAGUUUUUUCUAUUGCUGUCUCUUCAGUCUUGGCCAAAACCCUGACAGUGGUUCUAGCCUUCAUGGUUAUUAAUCCGGGAAGCAGGGUGAGAAAAUGGGUAAGAAAUAGUUUGGCACAAUCAGUCAUUAUUCUUGGAGCUCUGGUUCAAGUUGCAAUUUGUACUGUAUGGCUUAGCAUUGCGCCCCCAUUCCCUGAGUAUGAUAAGCAAUCCCAGACACAUGAGAUCAUAAUGCAAUGCAAUGAAGGCUUAGAUAUGAUGUUCUAUAUUGUGCUCAGCUACAUGGGACUUCUGGCCUUCAUCAGCUUCACUGUUGCUUUCUUUGCCAGGAAGUUACCUGCCACUUUUAAUGAAGCCAAACUCAUCACCUUCAGCAUGCUGGUCUUUUGCAGUGUUUGGGUGUCUUUUGUCCCCACUUACCUGAGCACCAAAGGGAAAUACAUGGUGGCCGUGGAGAUCUUCUCCAUCUUGGCCUCUGGUUCAGGAUUGCUGUGCUUCAUUUUUCUUCCUAAGCUCUACAUUGUUUUAUUGAGGUCUGAGCUAAAUACCAGGGAGCAGAUAGUGAGGAAAACGAAUCUCAGUAAUUACUGA